AUGGAUUCCGAUGAAAGACGAUUCUCCGGCAAAGUUUAUAGCCGGAGAAACCGUAUACCUUUGAAGAAAAAUGCUUCUCCGGCCACUGCUGCCGGUGUGACUGCACCAGAGACCAAGGUUACAUUUCCGGUUAAUUCGGAUGAAAGACGAUUCUCUGGCAAAGUUUAUAGCCGGAGAAACCGUAAAGCCAGCUUGAAGGAAGGUGUUUCUCUAGUCACUACCGCCGGUGAAACCACUCUAGAGACCAAGGUUUCAGAAACCCUAGAGGCGGAGCAACCGACCAAGGUAAUACCUCAGGCAGAUCUUUUCGUUACUGAUUCCACCUCGGGAUUUGUGCCUGAAGGUGGUGUGGAGUUGGGGGAAGGUAGCCAGCCUAACCGGUCAUUGAUUUCUAGGGCUGAAGAUAGGGUUAGGGUUAGGUUAAAUAAGUCGAGGUCGCUUGUUGCGAUUGGAGAAGCUAGGAGGGUUUUUGAGGGCGAGCUUGACGAAGUCAGGGGAAUGGUGACGAGGGUUGAAGCUAAGGAGAAGCUUCAACAAAAUUCAGGCAAACAUCGCGGUUUAGUUUUAAAAACUACUCGUCCCAUUAGCUCCUAUAGAAUUCCAAGAUUUACGGCUGAUUUUGAGUUGAAAAAUCGUUGCCCUAAUUUAGCGGGACGUGUUGAUGUACCAAAGCAUCCAUUUCGUCCACCUAGUCUUGCAUCUAUUGCUAAUAAUGUUAUAGUUGAGAGGGAGAAGAGGGAUAGAAAGCCGAAUAGGUAUUACUAUAGCUCUGAUUACCUUCUUGAGAACGACAAACUUCCUUUUGAAAUCUACAAAAAAUCGAUGAAAAAACCCCAAAAGGAGGCGAAGAACAAAGGGUUUGCUGCUGGAUUGAAGGAAGGUACAAGUGGUGAAACGCGUAGAAGCAUUCAUGUUGAAGAUGUAAGAGAGGCGAAUAAUGGAAACAGUGAUUCAGGAUCAUCCUCUAGUGGAUGAGGAGCUAGGAUUUGAAGAAAUUUGUGUUACUGAUCAGAGGGGCAUUUUGAUUUAAACAGUCUUUUGUUUAUGGAAAUGAAUUUUAUGUAUCAUUG